UCUGCAAACUGAGUGACAAAGGCAGUGCAAAAGAAAUAAAUUCGAGCCAUGCGGACCUCGCUCUACAUUGACACCAACACUCUUGCAAGGCCUCCACUUGGCCACACCCCAACCCACCACCGCCUCACUCCACCAAACCCCACCAUCAAAUUCCGAUCAACACCCAGAGUCUCCGCCGUGGCCACAACUUCCCCGCCACCUCUAACUCGGCAGAAGGCCCACUCACUGCCGCCUGAAAAAGUUGAGCUGUUCAAGUCGCUAGAGGGCUGGGCCGAGCAACACGUCCUCCCUUUCCUAAAACCGGUAGAUCAGUGCUGGCAGCCUAGCACCUUCUUGCCCGACUCAUCACUUCCGGAAGAAGAGUUUCUGGAUCAGGUUCGAGCCCUCCGUGAUCGAACCAGCGAGCUCCCUGACGAGUACUUUGUGGCGCUCGUGGGGGACAUGAUUACUGAGGACGCGUUGCCCACUUAUCAAACCAUGGUAAAUGGGCUAGACGGAGUGAAGGAUGAGACUGGUUCUAGCCCGAGCGCGUGGGCUCGAUGGAAUCGGUCUUGGACGGCUGAGGAGAACAGACAUGGGGAUCUGCUCCGCACAUAUCUUUACUUGUCGGGUCGGGUCGAUAUGCUCAAGAUCGACAGAACCGUACAACAUCUCAUUGCAGCCGGCAUGAAUCCAGGGACAGAGAACAAUCCCUACUUGGGGUUCGUGUACACGUCGUUCCAAGAGCGAGCCACGUUCGUAUCGCACGGCAAUACAGCUCGGCUCGCCAAAGAGGGCGGCGAUCCAGUGCUCGCGCGCAUUUGCGGCACCAUUGCAUCCGACGAAAGGCGCCACGAGAUGGCCUACGCCAAGAUCAUUGAGAAGCUCCUCGAAGUGGACCCCAACGGAGCAAUGGUGGCGAUCGGCGACAUGAUGCGGAAGAAGAUCACGAUGCCGGCGCACCUUAUGUACGAUGGGGAAGACCCGAAGAUAUUCGAGCACUUCGCGGCGGUGGCUCAGCGGAUCGGCGUGUACACGGCCGACGAUUACGCGGAUAUCUUGGAGUUUUUGAUCGGAAGGUGGAAGUUGGAGAAGCUGGAGGGAUUGGCGGCAGAAGGUGCUCGAGCACAGGAUUUCGUGUGUGGGCUGGCACCGAGAAUUAGAAGGCUUCAGGAACGGGCGGAUGAGCAAGCACGGAAGAUGGCGCCGCAGGCGGUUAAGUUUAGCUGGAUCUUUAAUAAAGAGUUGGCCUUGUAAUCAUUUCAUCAAUAAAGUAAUGUUACUAGAAAUGGGAUGUAAUCACAACAAAUAAUUUGGUUUCGUUUUUUC